AUGGCCAAGUUUCUUGUUCAGAACAAAUCCUCAGGUUUAGCUAAAGCCAGGUCUUUAUGUAUUGCAGGGUUAGGGGCUGUUUUAAUGUUUUGUACGCUAUGGUCUUUUACUAAUCCUUGGCCUAGUUUUGCAACUUUAUUGUCCAAACCUAGUACAAAAAAAUGUCUUCCUGGUGUCCAGCCCUUUAACAUGAGCCAAGAACCUAUGGAUGCAACAUUUUAUGAUGACCCUGAGAAUACUUACACCAUAGACAAGCCAAUGACCAACUGGGAUGGGAAGAGAAGAGAGUGGCUAAAUCACCAUUCCUCGUUCGCGAUAGGGGUCGAGAAUCGUGUACUAGUCCUCACUGGAUCACAGCCGUCCCCGUGUAAGAAUCCCAUUGGUGAUCACUUGCUACUGAGGUGUUUCAAGAACAAGGUUGAUUAUUGUAGGUUUCAUGGCUAUGACAUUUUCUACAACAAUGUGUUGUUGAACCCAAAAAUGGGCUCUUUUUGGGCCAAAAUACCGUUGGUACGGGCCGCGAUGUUGGCCCAUCCCGAGGCCGAGUGGAUAUUUUGGGUCGAUUCGGAUGCUGUUUUCACAGACAUGGAGUUCAAAAUUCCAUUGGAGAGGUACAAGGACCAUAAUCUUGUUGUACAUGGUUGGCCCAAUUUGAUUUAUGAGAAAAAAAGUUGGGUUGGUGUGAAUGCAGGAAUUUUUCUGUUAAGAAACUGCCAGUGGUCCAUGGACUUUUUGAAUGUUUGGGCCGGAAUGGGCCCACAAAGCCCAGAUUAUCCUAAGUGGGGCCAGAUCUUGAGAUCAACUCUUAAGGACAAAAUGUUCAAAGAAUCUGAUGAUCAAUCCGCUCUUGUUUAUUUAAUCUUGAAAGAGAAAAAGAAAUGGGGUGAUAUGAUUUACAUAGAAAAUGAGUACUCUUUGCAUGGCUAUUGGCUAGGAGUAGUAGGAAAAUUCAACAACAUUACUCAAAAGUACUUGAAAAUAGAAAAAGUGGUUCGUAAAUUGAGGCGUCGACAUGCAGAAGUGGUGAGUGAGAGAUACGGGGCAAUGCGUGAGCCGUAUGUGGAGGAUGGUAGCGAAAGAAAGGGUGGUUGGAGGCGGCCGUUCAUCACGCACUUCACGGGGUGUCAGCCGUGUAGCGGGGCCCAUAACCCAACUUAUGUGGGCAAUUCGUGCUGGAUAGAAAUGGAAAGAGCUUUGAAUUUUGCUGAUAAUCAGGUGUUACGUAAUUUUGGAUUUAUGCAUCCGGAUAUAGGGAAUGGCUCUUAUGUGAUACCUUUGCCACUAGAUUUUCCAGGAGAUGAAUUUGACGAGUUUAUGUAA